AUGGCAGCAGCGGAAAGGGGUGACAGCCUCAUUUGCGAGGAAUUGCUGGCCAACGGGGCGUCGACUUCUGCCAUGGCGUCGGAUGGAAGCACAGCGCUGGCGAUCGCACUGCGCAACGACCGGUUGCUGGUGUGCCAAGUGUUGGUGGCAGCGGACGCGGAGCAGGCGGUGCAUCGACUAUUACUGGCGAUCAGCACAGACAAACGAGAUGAAGUGGUGCUGCUGGUCAAAGCAGGCGUGUCAUUGGAUAUUACGCAAAAGAUGGCUGGGGGCGAAGAACGAAACCCGCUGAGGGAAGCCAUUUCACAUCCGCUGAUUCUUCGAGAACUCCUGCGGUUUGGUGCUCCAGUGAACGCCAAGAACAAGGCUGGGGUAACAGCACUCUCCUUUGCCGCUGCGGCUGGAAAUCUCAAGGCUUGUGAGAUUCUUUUGGAUCAUGGGGCCCCCCUUAACUCCAAGGACAACGAAGGCAGAACCCCAAUGUACCAUGCUUGUUGCCUCGAAAGAGAGAAUACAAUUGCGUACUUUGUGCAGCAAUAUGGUGCCACAGUCGACACAAUGAACAACAAAGGGCGAACUCCGCUCUUUUACCAUGCAGAGCGAGGAAACGUGCUCGGGUGCGAACUUCUACUUCGGUAUCAUGCCAACGCAAAUCACAAAGACAUGUCCGCGUGGACUGCUCUUCAUUUGGCGGCUAGCCAUGGACACAAGGAGGUGUGCCGCCUCCUCUUGGGCUACGUAAACUCAACAGACAUAGAGCUAGAGGACCAGCAAAUGGUGCUGUGCCAGCCUACAUCGUCAAUCGGAAGCUGGAUAUCGGUCACGGAGACGUGCCUUAUGCGGAUCUACGCUAGACUGAUGUCAUCGGGUGUGCAGGCGACGUUGCAGAAGUACGGGACGCUAAGGAUACGAGACUACAGCAUGAAUACGUUGCUCCACGUCGCAGCCUCAAGUGCGGGAGACAAACACUGCUACUACAUCAUUCGGUGCCUUCAUUUGGUCGGAAAUAUUGCGAUCAACACUCAGAACUGCUACUGUGAAACUCCGCUGGACGUCGCUGCGGAUCGGCAGUGCACCAUGGCGUCUUCAGCGCUUCAGUCACUUGGUGCAGUUCAGAUAUCGAGCGACAGUGAGAUUUUCCCCAGCGUGAUCCAAUUGGCAGCGCCUCGAAAAGGACCGCUGUUCCACACUGUGAUGGGUUCGUCCAAGGAUUUCACUUCUUGCUCGCGCGACCAUAUCGUGCAGUUGUGCAGAGGUAUACAGGACGGCAUCUACGCCUUCACGGACGACACAGUGGCUCAAGUUGACACCGAUCGCGGCGACACCGUCUUGCACUAUUUCCUCCAAAGUUUCGUCCUGCGCAGUUCCUUCCCUUCAGUGGAAGAGCAACGACAAGUGCUCAGCUCGCCCAAGUGGCUUGGAACGUUAGAAGCCCCUCGCUUUCUACGUGUAUUAAUCAGCAAACCGAACUGGGAAGGCAAAACGCCACUGCAUGUUGCAGCCGAGGUGGGAGCUUUGGGGUUUUGCGAGGUUCUGAUCGAAAUGGGAGCGUCGGCAAAGGAAGAGUGCCAAGCGCCAGACAACCGUCUACUCGACCAGCCAACAGAAAAUCCUCAAUUCUGGAAGCCUAUCAACUUUGCCGCUACAGUCAAAGCCUCGCUGGACGAGGCUCACAUGUCUUUCGAGGAGCGCAGUGCAUUGGUCGAGUACCUGCUCAAGGAGCCAGAGUCACUGCCGGAUGAAGAGAAUGCAGCCCACGACUGCAAGGAGAAGAUCCAAAUGCACUUUCCACUGCUACUGCCGUUGUUUAUUCGCGUUGAGGACGAGACCAAGCACAAGGAGGACUAUGCGGAGGCUGAAGAGCUGUACUAUAAGUUCUUGGAUGAGUGCUAUCCUCGGUUUCAAGAGUCCACGGUCUAUGAAAAUGAUCCGAGUGGCGUCACAGUGCACAAUGUGUAUCUCGAUACAAUCCGAUACGGCGUCAAGACGCUCAAGAAGGUUAUCGCGCCUCAAUGCGUCAUUGAGUCCACUGGGGAUACACUACUUCACCUGAUCGCAGCUCAUGGGCAUCCAGAUUUUGCUGCAAUGAUCAAAUAUCUCGUGGAUACGGCACAACUCGACAUCAACAAAACGAACAAGCAGCUGAAGACGGCGUUGCAUGUUGCGGUUGAGCACAACAUGCCCGACAUUUGCCUGUUCCUAAUCUCUCAAGGCGCCGAUGUGACCGCUUCAUGCCAAAACCUCGAGACUCCGUCGAAAGAGACAUGGCUCACACCGCUGUACACUGCGCUGUGGUCAUCCACUCCAAAGUACGAGAUCAUCGAGAUCUUGCUGAGUACGCCCCAGUCCAUUGCCAAGCCGCGGAACCCGAAGCUUAGUCGCUCAGUGCGAUACGAGCCUGGCCAAGGCCCAGAUACCAAGUGGAACGGCGUUGUGCUCGAACAACUUUUGAAUGUCCACGCAUCGGCUUUACCGCUUUUCCUGGACCAUUACGCGGUGGAGGUGAACCGCAUCAACGGAGAGAAAGUGUACCGAUUCGUCGAGGUUUUCGAGAUUUGUGACCAUUUGGAGCAGAUCGUGAACCUGACGGGCACGUUGACGCCCAGUCUUUCGUCCAAGAAGACGAUCAAGAACUCGGCCGUGACUCACCCAGUGGUUCGGAACGCUAUCCAUCUCAAGUGGGAGCUGUUCGGGGCGAAUGCGCACCGCAAACAGCUCUCGCUCUACGUGCUGAUGGUCACGUUCUUCUACCUGUCCAACCUGCUGCUGCCGAAGAUGGAGGUCGCGAUCGACGAGGACGGCAAGAAGCGGGAGAUGAUGCACAAGUGGAUCGAGUUCGACUCGGUCGUUGACUACUUCGUGGGCAUCACCAAGGUCUGCUGCUGGUCGCUGGCCGUGUACCAUCUUCUGUACGUCGAGUUCUUCAAGGAGUGGCGCUCCAACCCCAAGCAGUACUGGCGAUCCGUGUGGAACUUGCUGGAUGUGUUCACGUACCUGCUGAUGCUGGCGACCAUCCCGUUCGAAGUGUACGAAGGACACGACACACAGCGCGAGUGUAUGCUGAGUCUGCUAAGCAUCCUGCUCUGCGUGAACCUCAUGCAGGCACUGCUAGUGUCGUCGUACUUCAGCGUGCUCAUCUUCACGUUCGCGCGGAUGUUCAAAGUAGUCGCGCGCUUCCUGUUCCAGUACCUGCUGCUGCUCUUGGGCUUUUCCGGGGGUCUCUUCCUGCUCUACCACGGGGCGGGGCCCUACACGGACUUCUUCAGCGCCAUGCGGAUCGUGUUCCUCACCACCUUCGGCGAGCUCAACUACGGCGACAACUACAGCUUCGACGACAGUCUCCGCGCGCGCAACUACCUGUCGUUCCUGCUGCUGACCGCGUACGUGAUCGUGGUGAUCGUCGUGGCCAUGAACCUGCUGAUCGCGCUCAUGACGUCCGAGUACGAGAAGGUCCGGACGCAGGCCAAGGAGCUGUCGCUGCUGGAGCUCGCGGGCGCGCUGCACCGCUACGAGCAGUGGGUCGGCUACGGCGUCGUGCGCAAGCUCUACUCGACGCCCAAGGGCCAGGAGCUCAUCGACGCCUGCGUGCUGCACGUGUCCGGGUCGGGUCAGCAGCCACGCGCGGGUCGCAACUUCCUUCGCCGCGACUUGACGUCGUCCGCGUCGUCCCUCUCGUUCUCAGGACCAAUGAACAAGCAGCGUAGUAAGGUUGACGCUAUGAAGCUCUCGCUGAUCAGCAAGACCGAUGGGGUGGACGAAGCGGAGAUGGCCAGCAUCACGGAGGCCAUCACGACGCAGGUCAUGAAGCAUGUGCACGAGGAGGUGGAGGCGCUGCGCAUGCAGGUGACGACGGAGCUGCAGGACGUCCGCGAGCUGCUGGAGACGACGCAGCAGAGCAGCGCUCGGGAGCGGAAGGAUGUGGCAAGUAGGCUGGAUGAGGUGUUGAAGUUGCUAGUAGCAGGACUGCAAUCAGGAUAG